GGGCGGUCGUCUCGCGAGCUGUGGAGCGAGGACGAGCCACCGGCGGGCGGGAGCAGUUCCCUGGAGUCGCCGCGACCCUGGGAGCGCGGCCCGGAGCUGUUAGCCGGCGCCUCGGCCUGUUUAACGGCGGAGGCUGGGCCGCUCCGCCGCGGCCGGAUUCCCCCCGGCAGCCGAGAGGGGCAGGGGGCUGCUGGGCCCCGGGAGGGUCUGAGGCGGGAGCCUGCGCGGAGGGAACCGGGGGGGAGCCUGGCGGCUUUGAGCUUAACAUGUGAAGGGGCGUAGGCCGCUUAAAAAUCACCCUUCUGUUGUAAGCUUACGAGUGUAAGAGACGCGGUGGCUUUUUUAAUUAUGUCACUUAAGUUAUCAGUUGACGUUCUGUAUUUGUUCCAUUUAAAAGUUUCGUGUCGUGAUUUCAGCUCAGUUUUGCUUGUUUAUAUCGGUUGUUUACCGGGGAAAAGUGGAGGGAGGAAAAAUCCAGUUGCAUUGUAGGCCUCUUAGGGCACACAAGGGGAAGCAUAAAACUUGAAACUCACUUGACUGGCAAUAAAGUAGAAGUUGAUGGUACACCUCUGAGACCUUGCCUACACAGAAUCACACUGGGUUUGCACUGGUAGUCGGGACAGUAACCUGCUUUUCAUCUGUACAAGCACGUUUCCUGAUGUUACUCUUCAUGGCCAAAGUUUUGCUAGGUGUUAACCAGACUUAAACCAGAUUUGUGAGUCACUCCUAGCACAGAUUACAAGAUUUGCCUUGUACCAGCUGGCAUGCUUGAGUUUUUCUUAUUAGGAUCUUGUCUUCAGACUUUGGUUUUGUGAACAAUCAAUUUGGAGUUGCUGGAACACUCCUGACAAGUUUUCCAGCCGAGGGAGCAGGAGCAGUGUGUUCAUGUUAAUUAUAAGGGGCAGUUUGUUUGCUUGUUUUUGUGUUACUAACAAUAUUAGCCCUUCAUGUUUCUGAAAUGAUCGGUUGACUUUAUGGUUAGUGGUGAACAACACAGUGCCAGAUGGAGGCUGGUGAGAGAGAGAGUAGCUACUGAACAUUGUUUCAUUGUCAAGUGAAUCAACUAUUAAUGCAUCUGUGUUUUAAGUGAGAGGGUUGUGAAGACGGCCUUGUCACAGUACCAGGGUCUUGAUGUCCAGCUGCCUUUCAACUUCUCCUUUUUUCCUUCUUUUUUCUUCCCCCCCCUUAAUGUUUCUAAACAGGUUGUGUUUAGAAGAAAGUUUCUGCGGUGUACUUCUAUGGUGUCCAAGCUUAUCUAUUGAUAUUUCCUUUGUAACUCCAUGAUAAACCAGCUUCUGAAAGUAUCAGUUUGCUUACCACAUCAUCUCGAUCCAGAGGUCACUUUAACGAAAAUGUGGACUGCUAAAUGCUGUUGUAGUGCUCAAAUGCUGUUACUUCAGUUGGAAGAAGGCAGAUUGGGUAGUUGCAUGUUUCCAAAAACUCAGCGGUUCUGGGUCGGAAUUCUAAACCAUUGCACCCUAAGAGCACCAUGUAACAGAGUUGAAUUCCAGGUUUCAAAGAGAAAUGAUAAACUACGAGUGGUAGAUACAGGGAUGACUCUUUGUGCAGAGGGAGCUAAAUCAGCUUCUGUUAAAAGCUGCAGUGGAGUAUGUGAUGGAAGCCAACAUCCAUUAGAAGCAAAAAUGAAACGUAUCAAUCUGUCGUUUGCAGCCUGUGGUUUUCUGGGUAUUUACCACUUGGGGGCAGCAGCUGCUUUUUACAAGCAUGGUAAGAAGUUCCUGAAAGUUGUGAAAGCUUUUGCGGGAGCUUCAGCAGGAUCACUGGCUGCCACUGUCUUAUUAGCAGUACCAGAAAAUAUAGAGAAAUGUAAGAAGUUUGCCUGUGGAUUUGCAGAAGAAGUUAGAAAAUUGGACUUUGGUGCUGUAACACCUGGUUAUGAUUUUAUGAAAACACUUCGGGGAGGCAUAGAAUCUAUUCUUCCUUCUAAUGCUCAUGAGAUAGCUGAGAACCGGCUCUAUGUGUCAGUCACUAACACCAAAACUAAGAAAAAUCACUUGAUUUCCAAUUUUGCCUCCAGGGAGGACCUCAUUAAGGUCCUGCUAGCAAGUAGUUUUGUGCCAUUAUAUGCAGGAAUUAAGCCAGUGGAAUAUAAAGGAGAGGGAGUAAAUUCCUUAGGCCAUAUGGUCCAUAACAGCAUGGAAUCAAGUUUACUCUCUGCUGGCCGCUCAAGUCUACUGGCCUUACCUGUGCUUCAGAACAGUUGAUCUGAAUCUUCUGUAGGCUACGUACGUCACCUGCAUACAUAUCACCAGGUCAUCUGGGGGUGUUUUUAAAAUGUAUUUCAGUAUGUUCUCAGAGGUACGUGAUGUGCGGUAUGUAAGGGAGUAUGGUACACUUCUGAUGGAAUAGUGUCAGAAAAUAGCCAAACUCAUUGCUAGCCUGUCCAUACUGUACUCCUCUUAAAGGGUGAACUCUAGGGUAAACUGUUUGCAGCAUUGCACCUUAAGGGUUAUUUUUAGGAAGAAUACUUUUUGGGAAUCAUUUGGCUCAAUGGAGUUAGCUAGCAUACCUUUAGUAUGUAUGCUUGGAGGCUAGACUUCUGGAGGCAAUAAGUGAAAUUACAUGGUAGCAUAGACAUAACAUCAGUCAGUUCACAAGUAUGUUUUCUUCUGGUCUGAUGAACCUAAAAAAAUCUGAAGGAAAAGAGAGUGUAAGAUAACAUCUAAGAAUUUAUAGACGUUAAUGGUCUUAACCAGAUUGGGCUAGUUUAUUACCUGGUUUGGGGAUUUAAGGUGCCUUUGGACUAGGCUUUCAAUAACAUCACAGCAAACCUGCUGCAUGUGAAAUUAUCUUUCUUUGAGUUGGUUUGGUGUCCUCUGAACCUCUGGCAAGGUUAAUUUUUAAACCAGAUAAAGACCCACAGGUGAUUGAGUUGACUGUAUCUAAUUAAGAGGCUGUAGUUUGUGUCACUGUUGUUCUUAGUGAACAGCAUUGUAAAAAAAACAUCUACUGGUAAAUGGGUAAAUUCUGUUAGGUCCAGCCUGCAUUCUCAAUUUCAUUGUCUGGUUUGGUUUUUGUUGCACACUCUUUCAGAACUUUCUCUGUCUUUGGACUGUACUUGCAAAAGAGAAACUAAUUCAGAAGUUACCAGGAAUGUGCUUCAUCAGCUGAGAAGGACUUUUCAAGAAUUGGUUAAUGGAAUUAAAAGAAGCUGGAGCAUUACAUCUCUUUAUUUGCAGCAUAUAAAUGUUUUAUUUCAACUGUGUAACAUGAUGGACUGUGAAGCUAAAAUAUUUUUGACUAGUAAGCAGCUUCACCCAAAUGCUUGAAAGAAAAAAAAAUGGAGGGACAUUGGCCAGUAGUAACAGAAUCCACAAAAGGUAGUGCUUAAUAAAAAGUAUUGCCCUUGCCUUCAUAAAUGAUUUAAUUUUAAAAUAAGUUGUAAAAGUACUAAGCUAGACUUGUGAAAGACAUUAGCCAUCUGCUAUGGUGUCCAACGUGGCUUAGACAGGGACUCCACUGUUCUCACCACGGGAAUCACAACAAAAGGCCACAUAGUAUUCCAGGGAACAUGGCAUAUAAAUCAAUAAUAAAUGACUGUAGACACACACACAAAGUUGGUGUUAGAAAUGUUAAGAUAUUUUGCUGCUUUACUUGCAGUUAGGACACCAAAUGGUGUACUAGGAGUUUGAGAAAUCUGAAAGGUGUCUUUAAAUGGUUUUGGUAUUAUUUUUUUCCUCCUUUUCUCAGUCCUAAGCAUUAAGAAAUACAGAGUUUUGUUGUGGAAAUUAAAGUAAUUCAAUGGUGAAUUGUGGGUACCUGUAUAAGCUAAUGUCAAGAAUCAAGCUCUGAAGCAUAUUAUGAAAUAAUAGUGUGAGAAGGGCCAUAUAAACUACUGAAUGUGAAUGUUUGUAGAUUAUAAUAUAAGCUCAGGAGCAUGACAUUCACCUGAGAGAGUGAAGAAGGGGGGGUGGGGGGUGGGCAAAGCACAUACCAUUUGGGGUGGUGGUGAUGUGUGUGUUUGCUAUGUAUUCAUGUGUAAAACAGAGUAAAUCCAUGUAUCACCAGGUAUGGGACUUGACAGUGGAACGAGGGACAAGUGACAACAAACUCCUUUGGUUGCCUGAAGUCAAAUGUGGCACUAGGAGAAAUCUAUACCUAUAGAGUUAAAAGUACUUGUGCUUUAAGCGAGAGUAAAGGACACAGCUGAGAGGGAUCUAUACAAGCAAGUGAUGACCUCAGAGAAUCUCACGGACUUCUGAAGAGCAAACACUGUAACCUGAGAUAAUGCUUAUUGUAUAGCAGUCAGUACACUGAAAGCUAGUGCCUUGCUAACAGUUUGAAGACAAAUUUAAUGUCGUUGUCAUAAAUCAACUUCCCAGUAAUAUACUUUUUGUGGGAGAUUUUAUUAUUCUUUUAAAACGUUUGUGACUAAAUUCCUGUGGGUGUUUUCAAGAAUAUUAUGGGGAAUACUUGCAUUAUUUUGCCAUAUUAUGAUGGCCACACAUAAUAUCCUGUACAGUAGAAAAGCAGUCUUCUGCUUGAUUGGCACUGAAGAGUACUGGUACAAUUUGCCAUUUAUUUUUAGUGUUCUCUGUUAAUGAAAUUUGAAGAUGAUAUCCUGGAGUAUUUAGUUACCUCUGGGGAGGUCAAACCCUUAAACACAGAUGUGAAUCUUACAAUUACAGCAUUAGGUGUCUUUUAUAAUUAGUGGAGAAGAAAGCACUUUUUCAGCACAAUUCAAAUCAGAUGUAAAUACCUACUUUAGGAUGAAGUGAAUCACAUGCUAGAAGUGUUUUUCUCCCUUGGCAGUAAAGGAAGUGUAGAAUGACUCAUUGUCUGUAGGAUAAAGUUCGGUGAGAUGCAUCUGAUCACUAGACCUCAUAUAUGGUCAGUCAAUGCAUCUAGCCAGUAGACUGAUGUUGAUUUUUGGGUUGUGUAUGUAAGCACAGGAAGAAAUACGAAUGUAUAAAAUAUAUUGGCAAGAGAUGUCACAACUGUCCCUGCUUAUAUUGGAAUGGAAUUUGGCUGUGGUCCCUGUAAAAAUCAGGCUUUUGUCUCUAGACUGCAUUUAGAACCAAGAAAUGGCUUUGUAAGAAAGAAAUUGGUUGCUUUUGUUUUUUCUUCCUCAUUCUUUCCUAUACUCAGUUCCUGUAGCAGACUUGAUGUCUGCUCCCUAUUUUGUGCCACAGUUCUUAGCUCCUUUCCACCGUUACCCUCUGCUUUCCAGCUAAUGCUGUCUUGUACUGUGUAUGUAAGACAAGAGGCUCUGAGGAAGAAGAGAGGAGUCAUGCUUGGUUUGGCUUGUAGAGUCAGUUUACAUGCACAUACAGAUUGUCCAGCUCCUAGUUUGAAUCCGAGUAAUGUUUUAGAGGAGUAUACAUUUCUGAUAUGGUUCACAUAUAAUAAUAACAAUCCUACUUUUUCAUGUAUAUGUUGAGAAAAAUUCUAUAUGCAGCAUUUUAUCAUUAGAUGAACUAAUGAGCCUUAGCAGUAGCUUGGUAAAUAUAUUACCCACAUACUUACACAUUAUGUCAAAUGCUCCUUGAUUAAACACUCUGUGUGUACUUCGUCAGGUCCUUGAUUUUUGUGCCUCUUACUCAAGCUUGUUCAUGGUAUUCCAAGAAGGAAACUCGUAAGCUUUGUUGAGGGUAGGAUGGAGGAGGGAGGGAAAGGAAGGAUGUAGUAUUUGGUUAUGAUCAUGCUGUGCUAAGGUUACUUUGAAAAUAUUUCGUUGUU